AUGAAAGCUACCAAAUCAUCGACGGUGACACUGAAACAACUCAAGCGCGAGUCCAAAUCAUUUGAGGCGUCACAACAAGCAUUCCUCAUAGCGCUCUUGAACAUCAACGGAUAUGGAAUUCGAGUCAAACGGCCGGAGAGACGAUCGCAGAAGACACUGCAACUCCUCUUGAUUGACCAAAUUACUUGCGAAGACGGAAUCAUUCCUUUCGAACAGGAGAUCGACGACCAGAGCGCGAUGCACGCCAAGUACGAGUUGGAGAAGUUUGGAUACACCGACUUGCAGCCUAAAGACAUCGACGCGAUUGGAACGGUCUGUGGCAAUGGGAGGUACGACCAAGAGAAAUUGAAACAAGUCAAGAGGCACCGAGACGCGAAUAGAUCGGCGUUGGGAUUUUCUUAUUUACUUCGAAUGGCGGAGGGGAUUGGGUACAAUUUCAAGAGACGAUCGACGAAGCCCGCCAAGCUUACAGUGAAGAUGGAAAAGAUCUGUAGUAUGUCUGGGAGGCUCAACGUCGGGUUGACGGAGAUUAAGAAUGUCGGAGAAGAAGUGAACAAGUUGGUCUUCACUCGGUUUGACAAAGCGUGUAGUUCCGUAGAUUUGUUGCCGAUGGACAAAGAGAUUAUGGACAUUUGGAAUAAAGCAACAGUCAAAUUGGUCAGAAGAACGUCGGUGGUGUCCGAACCGAUUAAAGCGGAACCAUUUGUGAAACCGGAACCAAGUCUUGGUGCGCAAUCGAUGUGCUCGAAUUACUCUGGCUUCACGGGAUUCUCUGGAUUUACAGGACUUGGGUCAACUGGUGCGUGGGAUAAUACCGCGAUGAGCGUUGUGAACGCAGUACCUGGUGUAGAGGUCGAACAACAAAUGAUGGUGCCGAGUUAUCAACAACAACCCCAAAUGGUGUACCAAGACGAAAAUGGGAUGUACUAUGGGCGUCAAACCAUUGCCCCAUUUACUUUGGGACAAGUGAACCCGAUACCAUACAUACCCACCCAAGGCUCGAACAACGCGGCGAAUGACAAUUUUGUGUUUACGAAUAUGGACUACCCAAGACAACAAGAAGAGAACUACGUUAAUGACACAGGAUUUGUCACGUUCACGACUCAAAACGGCGGGAAUUAA